AUGAAAGGUACCAGCCAAAAAUUAAAAGAACUGGUGGAAAGGUUAAACUCAAAUGAUUUAAAGACUGAUGUUGAAGUAGUAAUUGCUCCUCCCGCAAUAUAUAUUGAACAGGUUCGUAAUAAUAUUCGUAAAGAUAAUAUUAAAGUCGCAGCUCAAAAUGCUUACAAGGCAGCCGAAGGUGCUUUUACUGGAGAAAUUAGUCCUGAACAAUUAAAAGAUAUCGGGAUUGAAUGGGUCAUUUUGGGACAUUCUGAACGUCGUGAAAUUUUUAAAGAGUCGGAUGAUUUUAUAGCAGAUAAAAUUGCACAUGCAUUAAAAGCGGGUGUUAAAGUUAUUGCAUGUGUUGGAGAAAAAGAAAGACUUCAAGAUGAUCCUAGUUUGACUUUUAAAGUCAUAGAUAAACAAUUAAGAGCAAUUGCUAAUAAAGUUAAUGAUUGGACAAAUGUUGUGAUUGCAUAUGAACCUGUCUGGGCUAUUGGCACUGGUUUAUUUCCCACACCUGAAAAGGUAUUAUCAUAUAUGUGUGGUCUUCACGGAUAUAUUAGAAACUGGUUAAAAGAAAAUGUGUCAGAAUCAGCAUCCGAAAAUACAAGAGUAAUUUAUGGAGGAUCUGUUGAUGCUCACAAUUCUUUGGAAUUAGCAAAACAGCCAGAUAUUGAUGGUUUUCUUGUUGGUGGGGCAUCUUUAAAACCAGAAUUUGUUGAUAUUAUUAAUUCUAAAAUUUAA